GGAAUGACGAGUUCCUAUAGACUUCGCUCCAUACACAUAUUCACAAUAACCCCUGCCUUCAACAUCCCACACUAAUAUGAUUGAUCAAACUUACAAGAGCUGCUAUGUAUGAUACAGAAGUAGCAUGAAAAUUAAUGCAAGGAAGUUUGGCCAUGCACUGAAAGGAAAGCACUGUCUGUGAAGUUUUCUAUUUAAAAAUGUCUGCUUGUAAUGCCUUUACUGAACACGUUUGGAAACCUGGUGAAUGCAAGAACUGCUUUAAACCUAAGAGCUUGCAUCAGCUUCCCCCAGACUCUGAGAAGGCGCCCGUCACCCAUGGCAAUGUGAAAACGAAUGCCAAUCAUAGUAACAAUCACCGUAUCAGGAAUACAGGAAACUUCCGGCCUCCUGUGGCUAAAAAACCCACUAUAGCUGUGAAGCCCACUAUGAUGGUGGCAGAUGGACAAAGUGUAUGUAGUGAGCUUAGUAUACAAGAGCACUGUGAGAACAAGCCUGUCAUCAGAGGGUGGAACAGAAACAGAACAGCUUUGAACCAGAAACCACUUAAUAAUAAUAAUGAAGAUGAUAUUGAAGGGCUUAGCCAUGUUCCUAAAUCUUAUGGAAAUAAUGAUAGUGCAAAGAAGGCAUCGAAUAACAAUAAUGGACUAACUGAAGUGUUAAAGGAAAUAGCAGGCUUGGAUACAGCCUCUCAGGUCACAGGAAAUGAGGCAAAUUCCAGAGAAACAUUUUUAGGCAGGAUAAAUGAUUGUUAUAAAAGAUCACUGGAAAGAAAGCUUCCACCAAGUUGCAUGAUGGGUGGGAUAAAGGAUACUCAGGGCAAACAUGUUAAUCUGAGUGGGAGCACAGAGGUGAUCAGUAAUGAAGGGGGCCGAUUCUGUUACCCAGAAUUUUCUAGUGGAGAGGAGAGUGAGGAAGACAUACUUUUCAGUAACUUGGAGGAGGAGCAUGAGAGCUGGGAUGAGAGUGAUGAAGAGCUGUUGGCCAUGGAGAUUCGCAUGAGAGGGCAGCCUCGAUUUGCGAACUUUAGAGCAAACACUUUGUCUCCUGUUCGAUUCUUUGUGGACAAAAAAUGGAAUACUGUUCCCCUGCGAAAUAAAUCUCUGCAGAGAAUUUGUGCUGUGGAUUAUGAUGAUAGCUACGAUGAAAUCCUGAAUGGUUAUGAAGAGAACUCUGUGCUCCCCUAUGGACCAGGAAGCAUGGUGUCAUCUGACUCCACGUCACCAGAUUCUUCCUUAACAGAAGACUCGCGUUCGGAAACAGCCAGUAGUUCAUCCCAAAAAGUUUGUAAUGGGGGAAUAUCACCUGCUAAACCAGGAGAUUCUAAGGACAUGAAGGAAGGUAUGCCUAAUUUUGAAAGCCUCUCUGGUAACAGUCAGGAAAAGGAUUCAUCGCAAACAUCUAAAACUUCAGCAAAAGCCCCAGAGACACACAAAGCUGUUCUUGCCCUUCGAUUGGAAGAGAAGGAUGGCAAGAUUGCUGUACAGACUGAGAAGCAAGAAUGUAAAGCCUCCACAGAUAUUGCUGGGCAAGCAGUAACCAUCAACCUGGUUCCUAUAGAAGAGCAAGCAAAGCCCUACAGAGUUGUGAAUCUGGAACAGCCAUUGUGCAAACCAUACACUGUAGUAGACGUGUCAGCAGCCAUGGCCAGUGAGCAUACUGAGGGCGCUGUUAAGGGCUCCAAGACAAAAAGCUCGUCUUCUACUCCAAACUCUCCAGUAACAUCACCUACAGUCACAUCAGGACAAAUAAAUGCCCAUUUCCCAAAAUCCAGUGCAAUUCGAUACCAGGAAGUAUGGACUUCCAGUACCAGUCCACGACAAAAGAUACCUAAGGUGGAAUUAAUUAGUGGUGGAACUGGGCCAAAUGUCCCUCCAAGGAAAAACUGUCACAAAUCAGCACCAACUUCACCCACAGCAACCAACAUUUCCUCCAAAACCAUCCCUGUCAAGUCACCUAAUUUGUCUGAAAUAAAAUUUAAUAGUUAUAAUAAUGCUGGCAUGCCACCUUUUCCCAUCAUCAUUCAUGAUGAGCCAACUUACGCUCGGAGUUCCAAAAAUGCCAUCAAAGUUCCUAUUGUAAUCAACCCAAAUGCUUAUGACAAUCUGGCCAUUUACAAAAGUUUUCUCGGAACAAGUGGAGAACUCUCAGCGAAGGAAAAAACCACAAGUAUCAUAAGCCAUACUUACGAAGAAAUAGAAACUGAGAACAAAGUGUCUGAUAAUACCACUAGCAAACCCAAUGAAUGUCCGCAGGCUAAAGGGUUUUCAAACAGCACAGAGCGUAAAAGGGGCUCAGUGGCUCAAAAGGUUCAAGAAUUUAACAGCUGCCUUAACCGAGGUCAAUCUUCACCACAGAGAAAUUAUAGUUCUAGCCACAACUCCCCGACAAAGAUCCAGAGAACCACUCAAGAACCUAUGGCCAAAACAGAAGGCAUUCAGGAGUGUCAGAUGGCAGGCGGCGGCAGCACCACCCGGGAGAAAGCUAGUACAGUGCUUUCUCAGAUUGUGGCUUCUAUCCACCCACCACAGUCACCCCCGGAAAUGCCUCAGUCUGGUCCUAAAGCUUGCAGUGUAGAAGAACUUUAUGCAGUCCCACCAGAUGCUGAUGCUGCUAAGAUUACACCUAAGGGCACACCAGUCCGGCCCAAAUCUCUCUUUAUUGCUCAGCCCAGCGGCGAGGCUGAAACAUCUCAGACCACUGAAAGUCCUACAACCAAAGUACAGAAAGAUCCACUCACAAAGCCACUCACCACUCUUGCCUCGAAAAUGAGCCACCAAAAUGAGCCAUCACCUCCUUUUCCUCCACCUCGCUCUACUUCUUCUCCUUACCAUGCAAGUAACCUUUUGCAAAAGCAUUUUACCAAUUGGACCAAGCCAACCAGUCCUACCAGAUCAACAGAAGCUGAAUCUAUUUUGCACUCUGAAGGUAGCAGGAGGGCAGCUGACGCAAAGCCUAAACGCUGGAUAUCUUUCAAAAGCUUCUUUCGCCGUAGGAAAACAGAUGAAGAGGAUGACAAAGAGAAAGAGCGUGAGAAAGGGAAAUUGGUGGGUCUAGAUGGGACCGUCAUCCAUAUGCUGCCACCUCCUCCAGUUCAGCGCCAUCACUGGUUCACAGAGGCAAAAGGAGAGUCCAAUGAGAAGCCUGCUAUUGUCUUCAUGUACAGGUGUGAACCUCCCUCUGGCCAGCUCAACAUUGAUCAGAGCAAGUCCAGGACAGACCAGUCCACAGCCACACAGAAGGCUGGAAUGGAGGAUGGGUUACCACAGGACUCAGAGAAAAAGAAAAGAAGUCACUCUUCUCCAGCACAAGCUCCUAAAAAGAUUCUCAGCCAUGAAGUGACAGAGGAUUUUUCUCCUCGGGACCCAAGAACUGUACUUGUGAAGCAAGAUGGUGGAGGGGAUGCUUCUGUCACACCAGGAUUGCCUUUGACCAAACUGGAAGGGGAGGAAGAAAAGGACAUUUCAGAGCCUGUGGACCUGAAUCCCUGUAGUGCAACAUACAGCAAUUUAGGGCAAUCAAGAGCAGCCAUGAUACCUCCCAAGCAUCCUCGGCAGCCUAAGGGAGCUUCGGAUGACACCGUAGCCUUUGGUGAGAAAACAGACCAAGAAACACUUAGUGCUUCCCAGCCCACACCGCCUCCACUGCCAAAGAAAAUGAUUAUAAGAGCCAAUACAGAACCAAUUCCCAAAGACUUCCAAAAAUCUCUGGAAACCAGUCUUUGUGUUGUGGCUAAUCCUACCUAUGACAUUGAUCCCAACUGGGAUGCCAGCAGUGCUGGCUCUUCCAUCAGUUACGAACUCAAGGGACUGGACAUUGAGUCUUGUGACUCUUUGGAGAGACCGUUGCACAAGGAAAGGCGUUUCCCCUCUGCAGCAAACAGCACCUCCAGCCUAACCACUCUCAGUAUUAAGGACAGAUUUUCCAACAGUAUGGAGUCCCUAUCCAGCCGGCGUGGUCCCUCUUACAGACAUGGACGAAGCAUACAGAAACCACAAAGACAAGCACUUUAUCGAGGACUUGAUAACCGGGAAGAAGUAGUUGGCAAAAUCCGAAGCCUUCAUACUGAUGCCUUGAAGAAAUUGGCUAUUAAAUGCGAAGACCUCUUCAUGGCUGGCCAGAAAGACCAGCUCCGUUUUGGUGUGGACAGCUGGUCAGAUUUUAGGCUAACCAGUGACAAGCCAUGUUGUGAGGCAGGUGAUGCAGUUUACUAUACAGCUUCAUAUGCAAAAGAUCCACUUAAUAACUAUGCAGUCAAGAUCUGUAAGAGCAAAGCUAAAGAAUCUCAGCAGUAUUAUCACAGCUUGGCUGUCCGGCAGAGUCUAGCUGUCCACUUUAACAUCCAGCAGGACUGUGGACAUUUUCUUGCUGAAGUUCCUAACCGUCUACUUCCCUGGAACAAUCCUGAUGCUCCUGAAGAGGACGAUGAUGAAGUGGAGGAGACUCGAGAAGAGGUGACAGAAGAAAUGGAUGAGAAAAACUCCAAACCCUGCCUUGAAAGAGAAUCAUCCCAGAAGGAAGGCCAAGGAGUCAUUAGCAAGAAACAGAGAAGCCAUGUUGUGGUCAUCACCCGAGAGGUUCCCUGUCUUACCGUGGCUGAUUUUGUGCGAGACUCUUUGGGUCAGCAUGGGAAAAGCCCUGAUCUGUAUGAGAGACAAGUAUGUUUGCUGCUUCUACAGCUGUGCUCUGGUCUUGAACACCUCAAACCCUACCACGUCACUCACUGCGACCUUCGCCUAGAGAACCUGCUGCUGGUCCACUACCAGCCUGGUGGAACUGUCCAGGGCCUUGGGUUGACUGAGCCUGGCCCCACUUCCUCUUGUCCCACAAGACUCAUAGUAAGCAACUUCUCUCAGGCCAAGCAGAAGAGCCAUCUGGUAGACCCAGAGAUCCUCCGGGACCAUUCCCGCCUCGCCCCAGAGAUCAUUACAGCCACCCAGUAUAAGAAGUGUGAUGAGUUCCAGACCGGAAUCCUCAUCUAUGAAAUGUUGCAUCUGCCCAACCCCUUUGAUGAGAACCCAGAUCUAAAGGAGAAGGAAUACACCAGGGCAGACCUGCCUCGCAUCCCUCUGCGCUCCCCCUACUCCCGGGGCUUGCAGCAGCUGGCGAGCUGCCUCCUAAAUCCCAACCCUUCUGAGCGGAUCCUCAUUUCUGAUGCCAGAAGUAUCCUCCAGUGUCUGCUCUGGGGCCCCCGGGAAGAUCUCUUCCAGACUUUCACUGCCUCCACCAGCCCAGUGCAGAGGAACACCCUGCUCCAAAAUUGGCUAGACAUCAAGCGAACCCUGCUGAUGAUCAAGUUUGCUGAAAAGUCACUGGACAGAGAGGCAGGAGUCAGCCUUGAGGACUGGCUUUGUGCUCAGUAUUUGGCUUUUGCUACUCCAGACUCUAUCAGCUGUAUUGUGAAAAUCCUGCAACACCGCUAACCUACCUGUUGCUGCUUUUACUCCCUUUUCAUCUGAAAUGACCCAUGCACUUCCCCUUCCCAAUGCUCACCCAGAAUUGAAGGAAAAAAGAAAGAUGAAUUUUCCACUCCUGCCUAUGAACAAAUGCAUUUCCCUGGAAGCUCAUCCAGUCAUACACAGCUCCAAAUCAAGUAAGAAGCUGAGUCUGUCUGAGCUUUAUAGAAAGUCAAUGCACAAACAAGCAUUUGCCUUGCUUUGGAACACUUUGCACCCCAAUCCACAAAUGCAAGUAAACAUGGAAACGCAUCCUUGAAAGAAAGGACAGAGCCUCUUUGGUAUGGACUCAGUGAGCAGUGUCCAGUUCCUCUGUAAUUCUGAAUAUUACCUGUCUUUUAUAAAUCCCAACUAUUUAUUCUCAUAAGCAAUAUAUAGACUUAACCAGUCUCUACUACUGUCCUCCCAUAAGUACCCACAACAGACAUCCUUCCCUUCAAGUAUUAGUAACUGACUUUCUUAUCAGGCAGAACUGCCAUCCUCAGCAUCAAACCAGUUAGGUUUCAGGGUCUGUAUCCUUGGUUCCAGCAAACAGUGGAAGGACAAGGCAGAAUCCCAGCUCUUGGAUCAUGGACCCCCUUUCACAGUUUUUGUUUCUAUUGUGUGUGUGUGUGUGUGUGUGUGUGUGUGUGUGUGUG